AAUCUCUUACCCGAACAGCGUUCCAGACCGUUCCGGCCCACUUUCACCCCUGUUAAAAGCAUUAAAAAAGCUGUAAAAAGAGUAAGUCGACUCUGGAUAUCUUUACCACAACUUUUAUCUCUUCGGGGGCCAGGGAGAAAUUCUCCCCCGUGAUCUAUCAAUUUAUUUUCUAUAACCCUUAUCCUGUCCAAUCUAUUUGAAUUGGGAGGGUUUGUUCCCUCCCACUUGAAAUGGAUUGGAGGUCUACUAGUGUUAAACUAGUCAUUAACUCAAUUAAAUUCACAGCAGAAGGAUGUAAGAGAGAAGCACCUUAAAUGUGUUUUAUAAACUAAUUAAGUUCUAAUAGUACAAGCCUGCAAAAAGCCAUGUUAUAAGUAGUGACUCUCUGUAUAAACUAGUGCCGUCGUUAAUCAUUUUUCCAUAUUAAAAACCAUUAUUUUAUCAAAUUUUAAUACUUGUGACGUCAAGCGAUUAAAAGAUUAAUCGCAUGCUGUCCAUAGUUAACUCGCAAUGAAUUGCAUUUUGUUUUAAUUUGUUGAAAUGCAAAAAUGCGUAUAUAUUUUCAGUUAUAAUAAAUACACCUAAUAGCUCAGGAGAUGACCAAAGUAAGAGUUAAAAUAAUGAUAAUAACAAUAAUUCAUGCAUUAAAGAGUUUUAGAAGGGUUCAUGCCAGCUUACUUUACUAAAUAAAAUUUAGUUUUGGAUUUAUUUAGAUUUAGUUUUACUCUUGCAUGUUAUAAACUAAAAACCAAUGUAAGUCCAAGAAAUGUUAACCUUUGUGACUUUAUUUCAAUUUCACCUACGUGGCUGUGCAUGUUGCUAACUUGACCUGUGUUUGUUUUGGCCGAUGACGACUGGGUGAAGGUGCAAUUUAGAGUCAUAUAACUUCUUACACUUUGUCUUCCAUUUGAGAGUAACCCCUAGUUGUGUAGGUGUCAUGGAGCUUUCUGGACCAAUUUUGCUGCUGGUGCUGCUUUUGGUUCUGCUGUGGUUACUUUACAACAAAAACACAGGUCGUCUUCCUCCAGGCCCACUGGGGUUUCCUCUGCUCGGAAACCUGCCGCAACUGGACAAACAUGUUCCUUUUAAGAGCAUGCUUCAGCUGAGUGAAAGGUAUGGCCCAGUGAUGACACUGCACCUAGGCUGGCAACGCACAGUGGUCCUGGUUGGCCACGAGACCGUCAAAGAGGCUCUGGUGGACAACGCCGACGAUUUUACAGGCCGAAUGCAGCUACCGUUCCUCGUCAAAGCCACCCGAGGAUAUGGUUUAGGCCUCAGCAAUGGUGAGGCCUGGCGUCAGCUACGACGCUUCACGCUGACGACGCUGCGAGAUUUUGGGAUGGGUCGAACAGGGAUGGAGGCGUGGACCCAGGAAGAGAGCACACACUUGGUGGCACGAUUUCAGAUGCAGAAAGCCGCCCCCUUUGACCCGUCAUUCCUGCUAAGCGGCUCCGUGUCCAACGUGAUCUGCUGCCUAGUGUUCGGCCAACGUUAUGACUAUGAGGACGCAGACUUCCUGCAGCUGCUGGCCAUCGUUUCCGAAAUGCUCCAGUUUUUGGCCAGCCCUCUGGGGCAGAUGUAUAAUAUUUUUCCAUGGCUGACCGAGCGGCUUCCUGGUCGCCAGCACAAGGUGUUCACCAAAAUAGAGGUGGUGAGAUCUUUCAUCAAGGAAAAAGUCCGGCAGCACCAGGACUCGCUGGUUCCCGCCUUGCCCCGAGACUACAUCGACUGCUUCCUCAACCGUAUCCAACAGGAGAAGCACUGCGACUCCACGGACUUCUUCUACGAGAACCUAGUAGCCACAGUCAUGGAUCUCUUCAUAGCAGGAACCGAAACUAGUAGCUCCACCAUCCGAUAUGCACUUAGUGUGUUGAUCAAAUAUCCUGGAGUACAAGAGAAAAUGCAGCAGGAGAUUGACGCCGUGAUCGGACGAGACCGCUGCGUCAGCAUGCAGGACAGGAAGUCCAUGCCCUACACGGACGCUGUCAUUCACGAGGUGCAACGAUUCUUGGACAUGGUCCCUUUGAACGUGCCGCACUACACGCUCCGUGACAUCACUUUUCGUGGUUACACCAUUCCCAAGGACACCAUCAUUGUGCCACUGCUGCACUCUGUGCUAAAAGACGAGACGCAGUGGGCGCAUCCUCAAUCCUUCGAUCCGCAGCACUUCCUGGACCACAACGGCAACUUUAAGAAGAAUGCGGCAUUCAUUCCUUUUUCAUCAGGAAAACGAUCUUGUGUCGGAGAGUCUUUGGCCCGAAUGGAGCUGUUCAUCUUCCUGGUGUCGCUGUUACAACAGUUCAGCUUCUCCUGCCCGGGAGGUCCAGACAGCGUGGACCUUACUCCAGAGUACAGCAGUUUCGCCAACAUGCCGCGAAGACACCUGCUCAUUGCCACGCCACGCUGAUACAAGAACAACCAACCUGUCAAUCAAAGCAUGCACUAUUUUUCGAAUGGGUUCUCCAACUUUUUUGGAACAUUAAAGAAAUUUUCCCAAAGACCAUCCCCCUCUUUGCGAUCUAACAAUUUAUGCAUUAUCUACAACGCGUAUCAUGUUUAGGGUUACCAAUCAAUUUCAGUCCUAAGAGCUUACAUCAUUGGCAGCCAUUGAUUGCGAUAGAUCUCCAAUCCAUUUGAAGUGGAAGGGUUGGCAGCGAAUGAACAUUAGUUCAUUCUAUGUUCUAGCCAUAAAAUCAUUGAAAUUCUCAGCAGAAGGAUGAAAAAAACAACAUGAAAUCGGAAUGGAAUAGCAUAAACCUACAAAGCCAUGUUAUAACUACUGAAUCUGUAGAAAACAGUAUAUAAUAAAGACGUUACUGCAAAAACGGGGAAUCCACCCCAUGAAUUUCUGUGUCAUUUAUGUAUUCAGCUAGUCACAAAAAUUUUCCACAUUUUGUGAUUGGAAAUGAUACAUUAAAAAAAAAUGAAAUAGACUCUCUCGAGACAGAAGUGGCAGUAAAAGAGACCUUCGUGGAAUUUUAGCUAAAAAAAUACCUAAAUGAUAUUCGUCGGAAUACCGAUGCAGGCAAAUCAUCUGUUCUGCUACUAUUGGAUCUCAGCGCCGCAUUCGACACGGUUGAUCACAACAUACUACUCAGCAGAUUGGAACAGUGGGUAGGGCUUACUCACACUGUUCUUCAGUGGUUCACAUCUUAUUUACAUGAUAGGGAUUUCUUUGUGUCAAUCGGAAACCAUCAGUCAGAACGAACCAAAUUCAUGCGUGGAGUCCCGCAAGGGUCAAUUCUUGGACCUCUCUUAUUUAACAUCUAUAUGCUUCCCCUUGCUCAGAUUAUGGAACAGUAUGACAUCUCCUAUCAAACCUAUGCAGAUGACACACAACUCUGCAUUUCUGUGUCCCCACAUGAUUAUAGUUCCUUAGUCUCCCUGAGUAAAUGCAUUCAUCCAAUCAAUGAAUGGAUGUGCCAGAAUUUUCUCCAGUUAAAUGUGGAGAAGACAGAAGUGAUCAUUUUUGGGCCAAAAAGGAAAGGUCAAAGAUAAGCAAUCACCUUAGCACAAUGUCACUUACAGCUACAAAUCAAGUCAGAAACCUUGGCGUAAUCAUUGACUCAGACCUAAAAUUUGAUAGCCAUCUAAAGUCCGUCACUAAAUCUGGUUAUUACCACCUAAAAAAUAUAGCCAGAAUUAAGCGGCUUCUGACUCAACAAGACAUGGAAAAACUUAUGCAUGCAUUCAUUUUGGACUACUUUGGACUAUUGGACUACUGCAACGGUAUAUUUACAGGUCUUGAUAAAAAAAUCAGUCCGGAAGCUGCAGCUAGUACAGAAUGCUGCAGCCAGAGUCCUCACAAAUACAAGGAAAUGGAACCACAUUACACCGGUUUUGAAAUCCUUACACUGGCUUCCAGUGAGUCAAAGGAUAGACUAUAGUACUACUGCUCGUUUACAAAACACUUAAUGGCCUUGGACCAAAAUACAUGCUGGAUUUGUUAGAUUCCUAUGAAACAGCUAGACCCCUAAGGUCGUCUGGAACCGGUCUCCUGUAUGUUCCAAGAACAAGAACCAAGCAGGGUGAGGCAGCAUUUAGUUAUUAUGCUCCUCACCUCUGGAACAAGUUCAUCUGAAAUUUGCUCAAACUGUUAGGUCCUUUAAAUCAGGGUUUUAAACGCUUUUGUUUAUCACAGCAUAUUCAUAACUGUCUAUAUAUGUCAAUCUAUUUGUUUUCCAUUCCUCUUGUGCUUAUCUCCAUUGCUGAUUUCAAUUCAUACCAGUAGAAGUAGUAUUUGUUUUAUUUUUUUGAUUGAUUUAUUUUUUGAUUGUAUUUGUGAUUAAAUGCCAUUUUUAUGUAUAAUUUUAUUUCCUAUUUCGUUU